ACGUCACCAAAGGUCCUUCAGCUCCCUAGGAUUUAUCAUCUAGCGAUAGAAGAUGGUGUCCUUCCUGAAGAAGUGAGAAGUGGCCGGUGGCUUCCCAGACACUAGACUGAGCCGAGUUGCUGUAGCGGGACCUGACUCCCCGGAGCAAAGGCCGCUGAGGGUAAUAAUAAAGCGGGAUGUUGACGCUAGCAAGCAAGCUAAAGCGGGAUGAUGGUGUGAAAGGGAACAGGGCAUCCAGCACUGCCCCAGACUCCACUCGCAGAGUAUCCAUCCGAGACAGAUUACUUAUUAAAGAAGUAGCAGAACUUGAAGCAAACCUGCCAUGUACCUGCAAAGUGAAUUUCCCUGAUCCCAACAAGCUGCAUUUCUUCCAGCUGACUGUGAGCCCAGAUUAUUGGCCUAGUAAAAAUGAUUGCAAAGGGAUAGCUGCUGAGGACCUCCUUGAUCAGAUAUCAGACCUAGAUAACAGAUCGGAUGAGCCAGAUGAGAGCUAUUACCAAGGUGGGAAAUUCCAGUUUGAAAUUGAGGUUCCAGAAGCAUACAACAUGGUGCCUCCAAAAGUGAAGUGCUUAACUCGGGUCUGGCAUCCGAACAUCACAGAGACAGGGGAAAUCUGUUUAAGUUUACUGAGAGAGCACUCAAUAGAUGGGACGGGCUGGGCCCCGACGCGAACCCUAAAGGAUGUUGUAUGGGGAUUGAACUCGUUGUUUACAGAUCUAUUAAAUUUUGAUGAUCCUUUGAACAUUGAAGCAGCAGAACACCAUUUGAGAGAUAAGGAAGAAUAUCGUAGUAAAGUGGAAGAUUACAUCAAGCGUUAUGCCAGAUGAUGCCCACUAUGAAUCUCUGAUCGCCUUGUUGAGAGAAGGGACCACCUUCUGCAGGGUCUCCAGAGCCAUAUGGGGGAGGAAUCUGGAAACCAUUUGACAGGUUGUGUGCCCUCUCCCUGCCAGACUGAUACAAAAGUUUACCUCCAGCCCCUACAAUAUGAUGCUAUCUCAGUAUCCAGCCAGCAGGAGCCUCAAAACUACUUCUCCCACUUCUUUAUCUUUUGACGUGUGAAUUUUAUUUUUUGUUUUUUUAUUGGAGUGGGACAUUAUUUUUUUCUUUCUUCUAUAUUUCAGACUAUGUCUAACAAUAUAUGCAAUGCUGUAUGGAAUCUUACCGGAGAUGUGUUGAAGUUAAUUAUAAUCAAGUGAUCACUAAACAGGAAGUUUGAUUGAUUGUUAGUCCUAAGUUAACCUUAAGGCUUGACAUUUCCUAUGGAAGAUGACUACAUCUGUAGACCUUCUAUGAGCUUAUAACCCCUAUAUGACAUAGUCAUAUAUUUUGUCAGAUGCCAUUUGAGUCAGUCGGUUAACUUGGCGGCUUAGUAAAUUCCAUUCUAAUUGUUGUUAAUUUUCAUAAGAUGCAGUACUACAAAAUAAAUUGUGAGCUUGGUAAGUAUACUUCUGACUUGUAUAGCAGACAUGAGGUUUACAUCAGUUAAUGGAGAUAAGGGCCACCUACGAGGCUGGAGCUAAACACCAAAUCCAUGUCACAAGCGUAACCAAUAGGUAGGCUUGGGUGGCAUCAUCCUAAAAUACAUUAUUUUUAAGCAAUGUUUUUAUCUGUGUGCUGGCAGGAAUCUGAAAUGCAGCAAUAUGCAGAUUAUCUGACAAUGAAAGCAUAACUAGUACACAGGGAUUCACAGAACAUUGGUGAUAUAUACUUUUUACUGUGAUAAUGCAACUUUAAAUUAUUAUCUUGUUAAAAAGAGCUUGAAAACUCUGUAUCCCCACCCUGAAAAUGUAUACAGGGUUAUAUAAAUACACGGAUAUGCA